GGUCCUAAGACUAGCUUAAAAUUUGCAGGAUUGGGCUGGGUGAUGGGUAGGCGGGCCCUAGCCCAAAGCAAUUAUCUUUAGAUUUUUAGAUGGAUGGCGACAUGGAGUAGUGGUUGUAAUAUAACAACAAUUAAAUCCUUGCAAUUUUAUAACAACCAUUAAUUCACUUCCCUCCAAAAAAAUAAAAUAAAAUAAAUAUACAUCCACUUUACCAAUCCUCUAUUAGCAAUUCAGCGUUUAUUUCAACCUCUAAUUUAUUCCCCUUUUACCCAACAAAAAAAGCAUAAAUCUCUACCAUAAGAUAUCAAGAAACAUCUACCACUACUUCUAAUACCAACGUACUAGUUACAUUAGCAGUGGGCACUUGGCAUCUUGUCUAUUGGCUGUAGCAAGAAGCCAAUUAUCUAAACUUUGUUCAAAUAUCAAAAAUAGAAACUCCUAAUUUAUGAAAUUCAAAUUGAAAAUAUGAAGAUUUUCGAAGAAGAAUACUUAGAUUUUGUAUUAGUUCCAUUAGGAUUACUAAUCCUUGGAAUAUAUCAUUCAUGGCUUGCGUUUACCAUGAUUCGGCGUCCGCUAAGAACGGUUGUUUGCCUUAAUACCAUCAUCCGACACCAAUGGGUUCACCAUAUGAUGAAGGAUCAAGGAAAGAAUGGUAUUCUGGGAGUACAAACAAUCCGGAACAACCUAAAGGCGGCUACAGUUUUGGCAUCAACUGCAAUAACACUGAGUUCCCUAAUCAGUGCUAUUGUGAGCAGCACAAGUAAUCUGACCUUUACAAUACAUACAACCAAGUAUUUAUCAGUUCUAAUAUGCUUCCUUGUAGCAUUCUUCUGCAAUAUGCAGAGCAUCAGAUACUAUGCCCAUGUUAGUUUCUUGCUUAACGUACCACCACCCUCAGUCGACGAGGACAGAGAAGAGUUCGUUGAAUAUGUUUCCCAACAAUUGUACCGUGGCAGCCUGUUUUGGUCUCUUGGUCUGAGAGCUUUCUACUUCUCUUUCCCCCUUCUGCUCUGGAUCUUCGGCGCUAUUGCAAUGUUAGCUUCUAGCUGUUUGUUGGUAAUUUUGCUCUAUUUCUUGGAUACUGCUACCUCUUCUCCAAGCUAUCUUCGCAGCUAUACUGUUAACAAGGAUAAUCACAACUCUGAUAUUGAAUCAGCAGGUCACUCAAUGGGAACUGGUUGGUCAGGGGAAUCGAACCUCCAUCACCCGCUACUAGGAAGCACCAAGCUACCUUCAACUUCAGAUACAUUGAGAUAACUAUAAUGAUCUAAAUGCAAGCUUGAAGAAUUCAAGAGUUUAUUGUGAUUUGUAAAGCAAUUUUUAAGGAGUACAGCCAGUAACAAGUACUAGUAUUUUGUAGCUAUCACAAGUAAUUCUAACGAAUUUAUGUAACUAACUGAUUUCUAGAAAGGAAAAGUUGCCUAGAAUAAUCCGACUUUUGCCUCAUCCGCUCAAAAUAAUUCUACCUUUUGAUUAU